AUGCCCGAUACGGAGUCAGAGUCGGUGACCAGGGAGCGGCCCAGCCGGAGGAGGAAGCAGCUGCGGGAUAGGCGAGAUGGAAGCCGGACAAGCUCGGCCCCAAAGCGGAAAUUCAUCAUUGAUACUGGAUACUUGUUGGCCACCGUUAUGUUAGUCGGCCUAGCAUUGGCUGGAGCGUAUCUGGCGCGGCGAGCACGGUUUCGGUCGCAGUCAGUUCAAGGAGAGGAACGUGGUGAGGGAGCGCUGAGUGCUAUGACUGACAGUGGUCCGACACCAGCUGUGGAGCAAUCGCCACUUGUUUCCCGCCGUCCGAGUCUCCUCUCCGAUGGGUUGAGUAGCGGAGAGGUCGAGCAUUUUCAACUGGAAACGCAAGGCGCACCGGAAAGCCCUCCUUUGUACGCACCGCUGCCUGUACCCGGACCGGCAAGCCGGAGCCGUUCACGCAUGUCUCGGAGAAGACCUGAAGACUCGAAUUCAAGUACUAGUGACGAAGGCAGUGGUCCACCGAGCAACGUUCGGUCGCGCUCUCCGCCGACAGUGAAAAUUUCGGCAUCGAACAGAAUUGGUUCCGCUUCCAGCAGCUCUUCAACGGGAUACCCGUCACCGUACAAUAACAUAAGCAUGAGUCUCUUUUUCCUCAGUGGAAACGGUCGAGUGUCAGGCUCUUCUCCCUCUGCAGAGAUGCGUCCUCAUCCUGGAAUGAUCCCGUUUCCGCCUGUGACAUGGGAGACGGCUACGUCUACACUCUCUAUACCUGCAACUCGUUUUGCAACGCUACAAACGCCUGAGGAAAGUCUCACAGGCACGCCGUUGCCACUGAAGACUCCGGGAGUUUCACCUACGACACGACUGUCCUUCUCUGACAGCGAAACUGGUGGCCCAUCUGGAGCUGUAACGCUAUUGCCAACGCAUCCUCCCCUGCAGACAACACCUGAAAUUGUUCCCCAGUCAGAACUGUCACCAGCUGCACCGCCGCCGAAUACUCUGAGAGGGAUGUCUAUGCUCUCCGUUGUUCCUACCGUUUUGCAUUCGACGCCUCCUGACGUAGCAAGUAGUUCGACACCCAGUCCAACGACACCCGAGAGGAACAUUGUCGUUGUUCAGCAGUCACCGAGUCCCAGUCCAGAAGCACUACCAUCAGCAAGGCCGCCAGCCGCGAGCUCAGGAAGUUCUAUCCCCCCCGUGCAGCAUAGCUCCCUGCCUGCGGCUGACAACCUGCCGCGAACGUUACAGUCCGGCCUGCUCGACGGUGGGCAGGAUAGCAUGCAGCUUCCGCUGCCGCAACAAGAGACCUCGCCUGUGGCGUCAGCGCCUUCCGUUCUCGGGCCAGAGGAAACCCUGGCGUGGAUGGAGAAAGCGCUUUCGACGCAGUUGAUGCAGCAUCCUGGACAACAGCUCCCGAUUUCGUCUGCGGUUCCGCUAGCGGGUCCACUCGUUUCUCAAACCGGAAAUGACGCUAGGUCGACAGGAAACACUGCGAGAGGCUCGAGCCCAGACAACAGCCAGACGGAGACGUCUGAUCCCUUCUCAUCUCUUGAUCCUCUCGGAUUCUUGCCUUCUGGGGCGCCAUUAGCUCCGCCGCAGUCGCAACCAGAAGAGACAUCUUUCCAUUCCACUCUCGCAGACCUGUAUACCUCAGGGUCGUCUUCGCCGCCUACAAACGCGCCAGCGUCGUCGCCGCCUACAAACGCGCCAGCGUCGUCACCCUCCCCUCGAGAGACGUUGAGCCAUAGCUCCGACCUGCGUCGACAGGUACCGACACCGCGUCCUUCAAAAUUACCGAUACCUGCCCAUUUGGAGCGAUCAAGCGUAUCUGAUGCCCCAGGUUCGGAAAAAGUACCGCAGGAUUCAAACAGCGAGGGGCAAGGUGGAGACCAGCGACGUCAGGCAUCGUCUAUACCAGUGACGCGCAUCCCACGUGCGCGAGUAAAUUCGUCUACACGUGGGCCGUCCCCCCGGACACACCGUGGCUCCAGCCUCCCUGGGCAGCUUCGUACUCCUGAAGAGAGCCAUUUCGAGUGA